UGUCUUUAAAAAUAAAAAUAAAAAUUAACUGUGAGCAGAUCUGAACUCCAAACAAAGCAAGCACUUUAUUAGUCUUUAAACAGUAAGUGAAGAUCGAUUUCUUCCGACAAAUCAGUGGAAAUUCACUCUAGAUCCUCGCUCGAAAAUCGAAUAUCGAAUAUCGAUAUAUUCCUCUUCAGUUCCUUUAUCCAUGUCUUCCCCAAGAUCACUUUCCUCUUCCGAUUUUUCCGAUUUUUCCGAUGACAUCAUUUCCAGUAGAACAAGAAAGUACGAUGUGUUUUUGAGUUUUAGAGGAGAAGACACUAGAGCAUCAUUCACUUCACAUCUUACUUUCUCUCUUCAAAACGCCGGAAUUAUUGUCUUCAAGGACGAUCAGUCGCUUGAAAGAGGAGAGCACAUAUCCACAUCGUUACUCCAAGCAAUCGAAAUCUCUAGAAUUGCUGUUAUCGUCUUCUCCAAAAACUAUGCUGAUUCGUCAUGGUGUCUGCGAGAGUUGGUUCAAAUAAUGUCGUGUUACAGUACUAUAGGCCAAGUGGUACUGCCAGUGUUCUAUGAUGUUGACCCUUCCGAAGUUCGUCGUCAAACCGGUGACUUUGGUAAAUCAUUUCAAAAUCUUUUGAACAGAAUUUCUCAAGAGGAAGAGAGGAGGGUGCUAAAGUGGAACGAUGGUUCUUUACAAAGAGAUGACUUUCCUUUUUCAAACAAAGAUAUGGUGCGAAAAUGGAUAGAUGCCCUUCAUACAGCGGCUGGACUUGCUGGAUUUGUUGUCCUAAAUUCCAGGAAUGAAAGUGAGGUUAUCAGGGAUAUUGUUGAAAAUGUUACUCGUUUGCUUGACAAGACAGACUUGUUCAUUGCUGAUAAUCCAGUAGGAGUCGAUUCUCGAGUGCAAGAUAUGAUUCAACUCCUAGAAACUCAACAAUCAAACGAUGCUCUACUACUAGGGAUGUGGGGGAUGGGUGGAAUCGGAAAAACCACCAUUGCAAAAUCCAUUUACAAUAAAAUUGGUCGCAAUUUUGAAGGUAGGAGCUUUCUUGAAAAUAUUAGGGAGGUUUGGGAGCAAGCCUCUGGACAAUUGUAUUUACAAGAACGACUUAUGAAUGAUAUUUUGAAAGACACCACAACCAAGAUACAAAGCAUUGAAUCAGGAAAAUCUAUAUUAAAGGAAAGACUGUGUCAUAAAAGAGUACUUAUUGUACUUGACGAUGUCAAUAAAUUGGACCAACUAAAUGCUUUGUGUGGAAGUUGUAAAUGGUUUGCUCCAGGAAGUAGAAUUAUCAUCACAACUAGGGAUAAGCAUAUACUUAGAGGGAAACAAGUUGAUAAAAUAUACAUAAUGAAAGAAAUGGAUGAAAGUGAAUCUCUUGAGCUUUUUAGUUGGCACGCGUUCAAGCAAACAAGGCCUAGAGAAGAUUUUUCUGAAAUUUCCAAAAAUGUAGUUAAGUAUUCUGCGGGAUUGCCACUAGCUCUUGAAGUCCUUGGGUCUUAUUUGUUUGAUAGGGAGAUUUUAGAGUGGAGAUCUGUAUUGGAUAAACUAAAAAGAAUUCCCAAUGAUCAAGUGCAUAAGAAGUUAAAAAUAAGUUAUGAUGGUUUAAAUGAUGAUACACAGAAAGAAAUAUUCCUUGACAUAUCUUGUUUCUUUAUUGGAAUGGACCGGAAUGAUGUUAUUCGUAUAUUAGAUGGCUGUGGAUUUUUUGCAGGAAUUGGAAUAAGUGUCCUUGUUGAGAGAAGCCUUGUAACGGUUGAUGAUAAGAACAAGCUUGGCAUGCAUGAUUUGCUCCGAGAUAUGGGAAGAGAAAUCAUUCGUGAGAAAUCACCAAAGGAGCCUGAGGAACAUAGUAGGCUGUGGUUUCAUGAGGAUGUGAUUGAUGUCUUGUUAGAACAUACCGGAACUAAAGCUGUUGAGGGGCUGAGUUUGAAGCUGCCAGGUCGUAGUGCACAACGUUUUAGCACCAAAACAUUUGAGAACAUGAAGAAACUCAGAUUGCUGCAACUUUCCGGUGUACAACUUGAUGGAGAUUUUAAACAUCUUUCAAGAAAAUUGAGAUGGCUGCAGUGGAAUGGAUUUCCUUUAACAUGCAUACCGUCAAACUUCUAUCAAAGAAAUUUAGUUUCCAUUGUGUUAGAAAACAGCAAUAUCAGACUUGUGUGGAAAGAGAUGCAGGGGAUGGAGCAGCUGAAAAUUCUCAAUCUUAGUCAUUCUCAAUAUCUGACACAGACGCCUGACUUUUCAUACUUGCCUAAUCUUGAAAAGCUAGUACUUAAAGAUUGUCCAAGGCUGUCUGAGAUUUCCCAAAGUAUUGGACAUCUCAAGAAAAUUCUUUUGAUAAAUUUGAAAGAUUGCAUUAGCCUUUGUAACCUUCCAAGAAACAUCUAUACGUUGAAAUCUCUGAAAACUCUCAUUCUAUCUGGAUGUUCAAUGAUUGACACGUUGGAAGAGGACUUGGAACAAAUGGAAUCUUUAACCACUCUGAUUGCAAAUAACACUGGUAUAACAAAAGUACCCUUUUCAAUUGUAAGAUCAAAACGCAUUGGAUUUAUUUCUUUGUGUGGAUAUGAAGGAUUCUCACGUGAUGUGUUUCCUUCUAUCAUUUCGUCUUGGAUGUCACCAACAAAUGGUCUCUCGCCCACUUUUCAAACAACUGCUGGGAUGUCAUCCCUUGUUUUUUUAAAUGCAACAAAUAGUAUUUCCCAUGAUAUAUCAUCUAUUUCUUAUGUCCUUCCGAAGCUUCAAAGCCUUUGGCUGGAAUGUGGAUCAGAACUUCAACUUUCACAGGACACAGCAAUAAUUUUGAAUGCUUUAAGUGCAACAAAUUCCAAGGAAUUGGAAUCAACUGCAACUACAUCACAAGUAUCAGAGGUGAAGACUUCUUCAUUAAUUGAAUGUUGUGAUCAAAUGCCAGAUUCAGCAACAAAAAAUUACAUGAAAUCUCUUCUAAUUCAGAUGGGAACGAGUUGCCUAAUCUCCAAUAUUCUCAAAGAGAGGAUCUUACAGAAUUUGACUGUCGAUGGGCGUGGUAGUUUUUUGCUCCCUGGUGAUGAUUACCCAAAUUGGUUAAGUUUCAACGCCAAAGGUUAUUCUGUAAUUUUUGAAGUCCCUCAAGUGGAAGGAUGUAGCUUGAAGACAAUAAUGUGCAUUGUCUAUUCUUCAAGCCCAUAUGACAUAACAUCAGAUGGCCUUAGAAAUGUGUUGGUGAUAAAUCACACAAAGACCACCAUUCAACUCUAUAAGAGAGAGGCGUUAUCGUCCUUCGAAAAUGCGGACUGGCAGAGAGUGAUAUCAAAUAUGGAACCUGGUGACAAAGUGGAGAUAGUUAUUGUAAUGGUGAACAAUGUCAUUGUGACGAAGACAGCAGUUUAUCUCAUAUAUGAUGAACCAAUUGACGGAAAAAUGGACCACUGUGAUUCCCAAGAUACGAAUGUUAUUGUUGGUGGUGAUGAAAAUGAAUGCUCUUCCAAGAUUGUUUCUCCUCAAGUAGAGUCCACAGAUGAUUCUAAUCAAAGACAAAAAAGAAGAAAACACUGGUGGAGAUGAAUGAUGUUAAAAAAUUGAUUGGUAAAAAAAAGUUAACCUCAUCUUGAAUUUGGUCCUGAAAUUGUUGAUCACUAUCCUGUUAAUCCUGUGAAUUUUGAAAAAUUCGAAGGAUGCCAGAGCUUGAUCUCACAGAAGUCCAACUAGAGCUUGGUAUUGAAGCCCCAAUCAUUAUGCUUUAAGGGGAGUAAAAUCAGGAAACAUGGAUACUUGAUAGUUGAUCAACAAAAUGAGAAGUACACUUCAACAAGAUUUGCAGAGAAGGUUUUCCAAAUGCAAACAAUCGCAGCAAUCUCAGUACACUUCAAGAAGAAUUCCUCUGUGAUUAUGAGAUUUCCCUUUCUUGUUGUUGGUUCCAGAACUUUUUAAGAGAGACCCUGUUCCCUUGAUGUUGAGGAUAUGAGCUUCUUGCUUGCUGCACAUAUUGUUUCGUUCAACUUCUUCCCUACUGCAGCUGGACUGGAUUCGUCAGCCGCUGGUUUUGCCUGACUAUGUCUUCAAAGCAAUAAACUGGGAGACUGCUAUUUGAAUGUGCUAGAACAUAUUCAUAGAAAUCGAAAAAAGAAAUAUGCUGGCGAUACUUCCUCCUUUAUUACAUGAAAUUCAUGCGGGUGUGCAACUUUAUGUGAGACUCAUUCCUAAAGUGGUAGGAUCUAUAUGAAUUUCAUCAAAUAUUAAAUAGUGUUAAAAGUACAAGUGCUAGAGGGUGUGUUGCUGGUGGUCCUCGUGGAGAGAAUAAUAGAAACAUAAACAGAUGUUUUGUUCAAGUGGAUAUUGUUAUUCUAGAUCAUUGUAUAGUUGGGUUAUCCAUCAUUUCCAUUGAAGAUUUUAGUGUUUUCUGUUUAACAGAUGAACAGUUGGUUACGAUCAUCUACCUUGUUACUCACUUAUUUGCUCCUAUAAGUAAGCUUGUAUAUGUUCAGUUUUUGUAUCUUUGAAUCAUAAUGAUAUCCUUUUAGUAUUUUUCAU